UGCCGUUUGAAAAUAGGAUACAUCCUGAUAUAGGACAUUGCUCUUGCGGCCUGCCAUUAUUUUGGAUCAAAAUGCUCGCACGUCGGGUCUUGAAGUGGCACGGCGUCCGUCACCUGCACAUUGUCUUCUCGGACGGCGCGAGCCGUGGGAACCCGGGCGUUGGCGGCUGUGGCGCGGUCCUCGUCGAUAGUUCCGGCGCUGUCGUCGCGACGGCCAAACAAUACUUGGGCGAGAACAUCACCAACAACGCGGCCGAGUACCACGGGCUCCUCCUCGCCUUGGAUUUGGCCAAAGAACAUGCGAUCGAGAGCGUUGAAGUGCAAAUGGACUCGGAGCUCGUGACCAAGCAAAUGCUCGGCGUGUACCGCGUCAAGCACCCGGUGCUGCAAACGCUGCACACGCAGGCCAAGGCCAAGGCCAAGGCGCUGCCGCACGUGACGUACCGUGCGAUUCCGCGCGCCGCCAACGCGGUCGCCGACCAGCUCGCCAACGACGCCAUCGAUAGUACGCGGCCGUCACAAACACAGCUUUAAACACAUACAAAGACGUUUACAUUUCGUCUUCCUCCAAAAGCAU